AUGCAGUUCUCCCCCCACCCCCCCAGUUAUAACGGUUUUUUGAUUGUGUGUAGCCGAGGGAACCAGGGCGGCAAGACGCGCGCCAAGGCCAAGACGCGCUCGUCGCGGGCCGGGCUGCAGUUCCCCGUGGGCCGCGUGCACCGCCUGCUGCGCAAGGGCAACUACUCCGAGCGCGUGGGCGCCGGCGCGCCGGUGUACCUGGCCGCGGUGCUGGAGUACCUGACGGCCGAGAUCCUGGAGCUGGCGGGCAACGCGGCGCGCGACAACAAGAAGACGCGCAUCAUCCCGCGCCACCUGCAGCUGGCCAUCCGCAACGACGAGGAGCUCAACAAGCUGCUGGGCAAGGUGACGAUCGCGCAGGGCGGCGUCCUGCCCAACAUCCAGGCCGUGCUGCUGCCCGAGAAGGCCGAGAGCCGCCACACAAAGUCCGGGGCGAGCGAUGCCCGACCAGGUGUAAACCCAGCAAGCCACCCGGACCAGAUGCUCGCCCCACGCUGAAACCAAAGGCUCUUU